AUGAUAACUUCUGAAAUAGAGGGCGGAUGUGUGGAUGUGAUCCUUCGGGCCACGAGACCGGACCCGAAGGAUGCGAUUCCCACGCCCUUGUACGAGUGCUACAGUGCUCGCGACAACAACGACAACAACGACAACAACGACAACAACGACAACAACGACAACAACGACAACAACGACAACAACGACAACAACGACAACAACGACAACAACGACAACAACGACAACAACGACAACAACAACAACAACGACGACAACGACAGAUAA